AAGUGAUUAAAAAAAACUUGUAAAGUAAACCAAAGUGCUAAUGACAAAUUAUUGAUAUUUUUCAUUAUUUUACCAGCAUCAUGGGUACAGAAAUAGCUAUAUCGUUUAGUAAUUUACGUGCUCAAUUAGAAAAUGAGAAAAGUAGUUUAUAUAAAAUUGAUGAAAACAUCAAGCGAAUACAGAUAACCCGCUUCCCAAACGAUAGAUUUAAUAACUCGUCAGGAGAUUACGCAAGAGGUGCACCUCGUCAGCUCGGCCGGAAUUCAUUUCCAGAGGCCGGCAAUAAUUAUAAAAACGACGACCAAUUCAAUAAAAGGAAACAUGAAACCAAGACUGUGUUUAGCAGAUUAUCAGCCCGAGUUCAUGACAGUGAUGGUGAAGACGAUGGGCCAGGGAAUAAGAGGGCGCGGGUCCCAUCAGCAGUGUGUCGGGAGCUGCCCACCAGGGCCGCAGUGUUACGGGCCCAAGGUGACGAUGAACAGGCUAGGACACGCAAUAGACGCAUCUUUGGCUCACUACUAGGCACAUUACAAAAGUUCAAACAAGAGGAAAUUGUAUUACAGACUAAGGAGGAUAAGAAAGCCCAAGUGGAGCGCAAAAUUGAGGAGCAGGCACGAUUAGAAAAAGAAAGAGAACAGAAAGAAAGAAAAACUCUGUAUGCAGAGAGAGAACACAAGAAGGCUAACAUUAAAGCCCUCGAAGCCAAGAUGGCGCGUGUUCAGGAGUUUGAGAAGUGGGAGGCAUCACAAAAGAGCCUCGGCAACUUUAUACUGACUAAAGCCAGGCCCCACGUGUAUUGGUUGCCUAAGAAAAUGACUGAUAAGGCCACGGAAAAGUUGAAUUCAAGUAGAAAAUUCCAUGAAAAAUGCAUGAUAAGAAAACGACAAGAAUUACAAGAGGAGCUGCAGCGGAUAGAGCAGCGCUGUCUCCGCAUGAGAGGACCUGGAGCCAAGGAGAAUGAUCCAGAAUCAACACACAAUGAUCAUAAAGAUUCAGAAGCAUUAGAUCAUGAAAUGACAGAAGAUGAGAAAGGAAGUAAAAGGAAUAAGUUCGCAAUGGAUGCAGAUGAGAAAGACAAGGAUGACAGUGAUGCUGAUGAUCGGCAAGAGGAUGCUUCAAAUAGCGAUAUUAAACCAAAGGAAGAAAAAGAUGACGCAACAAUGGACACCAGUAUUGAGCAGCAAAAUACAACUAAAGACCAGGAUUCAACGAUGGAAACGGACACGCAAGACGAAAGCCGGCCUGCGGAGACCACGACCGACCAAAUGGAGGUGAAGGAGCAGCCUGACAAAGAGGAGCAGAACUCCGAUCAUUCCUAACGCUGAUGAAGUUUGUGUACUGAAUUAUGUAAAAUAUAUAGAUGUGAGAUAAGGUAACACUUCAAUGGAAAAACAAUUUAUGUCAACGAUACGGUUGUCAUCCUGUUCUUGAAUGGAAAAUCACGAAAUAUAUAUGAUUGAU